AAGCCUCUGGUAUGUCAGAACCACACUGUGUUUUUUGGGAUUUCAUUUGUGAACCGAUUCUGUUUAAAAGACUUUUAUGAAAACAUUAUUCCCAUCAAGUACCUGAAGAACACAUUUAUCUUCUGAGCUGCCGGCAGUUUCAAGAAUCUGAUGAUCCCCAAGGGGACCCUGUACUCGGCCAUCAAAGUGCUGCUAUCUCCCAGGAUGCUCACAGUUCAGUGGUAGAUGCAGGUGGAAUUGAGAGCAUCCCCCAGCAUCCCCAGGAGCUUCCUCAGAUGAUGGCUGCAGCAGCCGAUGGUUUGGGAAGUAUAGCGAUAGACACAACCCAGCUCAAUAUGUCCGUGACAGAUCCCACAGCCUGGGCCACAGCCAUGAAUAAUCUGGGCAUGGUUCCCGUGGGGUUGCCUGGACAGCAGCUCGUGUCUGACUCAAUCUGUGUCCCAGGUUUUGAUCCGAGCCUCAACAUGAUGACUGGAAUCACCCCCAUUAACCCCAUGAUACCAGGCCUGGGGCUAGUACCACCCCCACCACCAACAGAAGUGGCUGUCGUCAAAGAAAUAAUCCACUGCAAAAGUUGUACUCUUUUUCCUCAAAACCCAAAUCUGCCACCUCCUUCCACAAGAGAACGACCUCCUGGCUGUAAGACUGUGUUUGUCGGAGGAUUACCGGAAAAUGCUACUGAGGAAAUUAUUCAAGAAGUCUUUGAGCAGUGCGGUGAUAUUACAGCGAUUCGGAAAAGCAAGAAGAAUUUUUGUCACAUUCGUUUUGCAGAGGAAUUCAUGGUUGAUAAAGCCAUUUACCUUUCUGGUUACAGGAUGCGAUUAGGGUCCAGUACAGACAAAAAGGAUUCUGGUCGCCUUCAUGUGGACUUUGCCCAGGCCAGGGACGACUUCUACGAGUGGGAGUGCAAGCAAAGGAUGCGCGCCCGUGAGGAGCGGCACCGGCGCAAGCUGGAGGAGGACCGGCUGCGGCCCCCCUCCCCGCCAGCCAUCAUGCACUACUCGGAGCAUGAAGCUGCCCUGCUGGCUGAAAAGCUCAAAGAUGAUAGCAAGUUUUCAGAGGCUAUCACAGUGCUACUCUCCUGGAUUGAACGAGGGGAAGUGAAUCGGCGUUCUGCGAACCAGUUCUAUUCCAUGGUGCAGUCGGCCAACAGCCACGUCCGUCGGCUCAUGAAUGAGAAGGCUACCCAUGAGCAAGAGAUGGAAGAAGCCAAGGAGAAUUUUAAAAAUGCCUUAACCGGGAUCCUCACUCAAUUUGAGCAGAUUGUGGCCGUUUUCAACGCUUCUACCAGACAAAAAGCUUGGGACCAUUUCUCGAAAGCCCAGCGCAAGAACAUAGACAUUUGGCGAAAGCAUUCUGAGGAGCUCCGCAACGCUCAAAGUGAGCAGCUCAUGGGCAUCCGACGAGAAGAAGAAAUGGAAAUGUCUGAUGAUGAGAACUGUGACAGCCCCACUAAGAAGAUGAGAGUUGAUGAAUCAGCCCUGGCUGCUCAGGCCUACGCCCUGAAGGAGGAAAAUGACAGUCUUCGCUGGCAGCUGGAUGCCUACAGGAACGAGGUGGAGCUGCUGAAGCAAGAAAAAGAACAGCUUUUUCGCACAGAAGAAAACCUCACCAAGGACCAGCAGCUCCAGUUCCUGCAGCAGACCGUACAAGGCAUGCAGCAGCAAUUGCUAACCAUCCAGGAGGAGUUAAACAACAAAAAGUCAGAACUGGAACAAGCAAAGGAAGAGCAGUCCCACACACAAGCGUUACUGAAAGUCCUCCAGGAACAAUUAAAAGGCAACAAGGAAUUGGUGGAGACCAAUGGCCACAGCCAUGAGGAUGCAAAUGAAGUCAACGUGUUGACUGUUGCAUUGGUCAACCAAGACCGAGAGAACAAUAUUGAAAAAAGAAGCCAAGGCUUAAAAUCAGAGAAAGAAGCUCUGCUAAUAGGCAUCAUAUCAACAUUUCUUCAUGUCCAUCCUUUCGGAGCCAACAUAGAAUAUCUUUGGUCAUACAUGCAGCAGCUGGACUCCAAGAUAUCUGCAAAUGAAAUUGAAAUGCUUUUGAUGAGGCUGCCGCGCAUGUUCAAACAGGAGUUCACGGGCGUGGGAGCAACACUGGAAAAAAGAUGGAAGUUGUGUGCCUUUGAGGGAAUAAAAACUACCUAACUUCGAAGAGCAAAGAAAGCAUCUCUGGAAGUGCGACCAUCCGAACGUGGCCAGGGCUGUGCCGUGUGCAAGCAGGAGGUUCGGGGUUGGUCCGGCGUGAGACCUUCAUGGAUCCAUCAAAGCCCGACUUUCGUUGUAUCUGUGGUGUUCUCUUGUGAGUGGAAACGUAAUUGUGUACCAGUUCUUACAGUAAACAAAGCUUCAUACUGUGA